GCAUUGACGUCAGCUGAGGUUAGGGGUGAGGCGGUAGCUCCGGACCCGAGUGACCGUCGGCGCGGCCCCGGUGUGACGGGGCCAUGGGGCUGUGACAGGGCGCAGGGCCGGGCCGGGCCCGGCCCCCGAUGGACGACUGAGGGCCUCGGCCGGUGCGAGGAGUGAGGCGAGCGGGCGGCGCGGCCGGGCCCGGGAGGAGGCCUGGCCCCCGCCCGCCCGCCAUGGGCUGCGCGCCGAGCAUCCACGUCUCCCAGAGCGGCGGGCUCCACUGCCGCGGCUCGGACGGCUCCAGCUCGCCGCACCGAGGCGCCCCGCCCGGCCUCCCCAGCACCGGCUCCCGGCCGUCGGCCGGCGGGGGAGCUGGCCAGAGCAUCGAGGCGGAGAGCCGGGGUGGCCGGGCCAGGGUCCAGGGAGCAGUGACUGAGGUUCAGUUUGGACCAAUGAAGAUCCGACAGGAUGCCAUUCAGGUGCUUCUAGUGUUUCCCAAGGAAGAUAGCCAGAGUGCUGGAUUCUAUUGGGCUUGUGAUCGGGCAGGGUACAAGUGCAAUGUGGCACAGACACCUGAGGCUGCACUGAAAUGUUUCUUGGACAAGAAUCAUGAAAUAGUCAUAAUAGACAAUAGGCAUUCCAAACAUUUUGAUGCAGAAGCAUUGUGCCGAUCCAUCAGAGCUACAAAGUCAUCAGAAGGCACUGUCAUCGUUGCUGUCGCAAAACAACUACAAAGGGAUCAGGAGGAAUUCUCUGUGAUGCCGUUGAUUGCUGCAGGAUUCACACGGUGGUAUGUUGAAAAUCCCAGUGUCGUUGCCUGUUAUAAUGAGCUCGUCCAGUUGGAGUUUGGAGAAGUUCGUGCACGAUUCAAACUGAGGGCAUCUAGUGCAAUCUUCACAGCUUUGGAGCAAUGCCAGGAGUGCAUAGAAAUUACAAGUGAAGAUAAUAUUAUUCAGUAUGUGAACCCUACAUUUGAAGGAAUGAUGGGUUACCAGAGAGAGGAACUAAUAGGAAAGGAGCUAACGCAAAUGCCCAAGAGUGAUAAAAAUAAAGCUGAUCUUCCAGACACGAUCAACUCCUAUAUUAAAAAAGGAAAGGAAUGGCAAGGAAUGUACUAUGGGAGAAAGAGAAAUGGAGAUAGCAUUCGCCAAAAUGUGAGGAUAAUGCCUGUCAUAGGACAGGGAGGGAAAAUUAGACACUAUGUGUCUAUUAAGACCCCAUGUAAUGAAAACAAGGCUGACACAGCUGGAUUUUCUGAUCGACUUCAGGUUGAGUCACAAACAGAAAUCUGUACUUCCAAGUACAAAGGCAGGAGGAAAAGUUCUGAUGUCAGAUCCAACACAUCACGAGGGAGUGAUGGUAGCAACCAGGCUAGGAGAUCCUCUAUUGCUAGGAUACAUUCCAUGACCAUUGAAGCACCAAUUACCAAGGUAAUAAAUAUAAUAAACGUGGCUCAAGAGAACAGCUCAGAUGGUGUGGCUGAAGCUUUGGAUCGUGUGCUAGAAAUCCUCCGAACCACAGAAUUAUACUCUCCACAACUUGGAAACAAGGAUGAGGACCCACACACCAGUGAUCUGGUCGAUGGCCUGAUGUCAGAUGGCUUGCGGAAACUAUCUGGAAAUGAGUAUGUCUUCACCAAAAAUGCCCAACUAAGCCUCAGUCACUUGCCUGUUUCAACCUCUCUCAAUGAUAUCCCUCCAAGGAUUACUGAAUUGAUGGAAAAUGAGCAGGCUUGGGAUUUUGAUAUAUUUGAAUUAGAGGCUGCAACACACAAAAGGCCUCUAGUCUAUCUCGGGCUGAAAACACUUUCACGUUUUGGUGUCUGUGAAUAUUUAAACUGUUCUGAAUCAACAUUUCGCUCUUGGUUACAAGUUAUUGAAGCAAAUUACCACUCCUCAAAUUCCUAUCACAACUCAACACAUGCUGCAGAUGUGUUGCACGCAACAGCUUAUUUCCUUAAUAAGGAAAGAAUUAAGCAAAGUCUGGACCGUACUGAUGAAGUGGCAGCUCUUAUUGCAGCCAUUAUCCACGAUGUUGAUCACCCUGGCAGGACAAAUUCUUUCCUGUGCAAUGCAGGCAGCGAGCUGGCACUCCUUUACAACGACACGACUGUGCUGGAGAGUCACCAUGCAGCAUUGGCAUUCCAGCUGACUACACGGAAUGACAAGUGUAACAUUUUCAAGAACAUGGAGAGGAACGAGUACCGGAUCCUCCGACAAGCAAUCAUUGACAUGGUGUUCGCCACUGAAAUGACAAAACACUUUGAGCAUGUCAACAAAUUUGUGAACAGUAUCAACAAGCCUUUGGCUGGACUAGAGGAAAACGGCAUUGGGGGUGGCAGAAGCAAUGAGGAUUCAUUCAGUUUCAUCCUCAGCUCCACUGAUAACCGAACUUUGAUCAAGCGCAUGUUAAUUAAAUGUGCUGAUGUCUCCAAUCCCUGCAGACCUCUGCAGUUCUGUAUAGAGUGGGCAGGCCGUAUUUCAGAGGAGUACUUUGCUCAGACUGAUGAGGAGAAGCAAAAAGGCCUCCCUGUGGUAAUGCCUGUGUUCGACAGAAAGACCUGCAGCAUCCCCAAGUCUCAGAUCUCUUUCAUCGAUUACUUUAUAACCGAUAUGUUUGAUGCCUGGGAUGCAUUCGCUGACCUGCCCAACCUGGUGCAACACUUGGGGACAAACUUCAAGUACUGGAAGUAUCUAGAUGAACAGAACUUGUCUUCUCUCCGUCCUCCCCCUGAGCAGUGACUAGACCAAGAGCUACCACAUCUGUCACCAUUCUGCUCUGUGACUUGACCAGAAUGGGUCCUCCUAGAGAGACUGGGAGAGCAGGGAUGCAUGAUCCUACUCUGGAAUGAUUUUUACUCUGGAUUGACACUCAUCCUGCACCAGUGUAACAUUGCCGAACAAGAACGCAAAAAUGUGCUGCAUCUUUGCAAAGCUCAGCCCUCCCUGUGCUGGCUACCUCUAUUUGCCACAACUGUUUGGGACUAAAGUUGUCUGAUCACCUGCACAAGAAAUGACCACAAAACAAGCCUGUGCCACUAAGGAAUACAACAUGUCGUCAGAGAGACCUUGGUGUAGGGAAUGUAUCCUGCUUGUUUUUUUUUCAGAUUUGUAGGAAGAAGCACUCCCUCAUCUCCUGAGCACUACUGAUACCAGUUUAUAGUUUGUAAAAAAAAAAUAUAUAUAUAUAUAUGAAUCUCGGGAUAAAUGUUUUAAAGAAAACUUUUUUCAAAUGUGAUCAUUAACUAUUAUGAUUUAGAUGAUCUGUUUAUUUAUUUUGUUAGAUGUUUAAUAUUUUCUAUGAAUUUAUAUAAAUACUUAAAAAAAAAAAGCCAAAGUAAACUUUCAAAUAAUAACAUGAACUGACAUGAUUCCAGUGCACUGAUACAAAGACCUCUUAUUUUCCUGCUGGAACUGCAGAAUAUUGUAGAAGCAGUCUUUUCCGUGGCAUGGUGUAGGGAGAUGUGUAUUGAGCUGUCUCUUGAUGGCAGUUGGUAUCUAUAUUGUGUCCCAAACUCGAAUGUUUCUGAGCAUUGACAAGGUUAUUCUUUAUCUCCUAACCUUUCUUAAAUGGGCCACAACACCACAGGCCUCUGCAAGUCAUUUAUUUCACACUGAGAUAUGUUCCUCUACCGUUCCCUGUCAGGGAUGUCUCCCAGUUCUGCCUUAUUCGUAAUUUCUUAAUGUUUUUCAGUCUCUGUGUAAGGAGUGAACAAUUUGUCUUUUAUCCUUUUAGAUAUUUUCUCACAUUUAAGGUAAUGAAACUUUUGCUUUAAAGGCAUUUCCCGAUCUGCUGUGUGCUCCCAAAUCAGAUUGUCCUUUCCCUUCACCACUGCUCAGUGAUAACCAGAGCUUGCGUUUUAUUUUGGUGAUCCAUGAGCUUUGAAUUAUAAACCAGUUUGCUGCCAGUGUCCCAGACAUUAUCACAGGUCUGAUAGAACACACUUGAUAGAAGAAGCUUGCAUUUACAUAGUGCCUUUUAGAACAGUGGACUGAUAUCAGAGUUAUGUAUUUGAUGUUUAGCCUCUGUAGCAAAGUGCAGUGCAGCUAACAAGUGCACAGCUAAUUCCCAUACAUUGCAAUGUGAUAAUGACCAGAUGAUCUGCUAGGGCUCUGGGUAGAAUCCCUCUCCUCUGUAAUGCCAGUGGAUCUUUACCAUCCAUCUGAGGCAGUAACUCCAUCUUGCAUCUCAACAACAAUACCCUGCAGUGUGGUAUUCCCCUGCUGCUGUGCUGAAGGGUCAGCCUGGGAAGUGUGAAGGCACUGGAGUGGACCCUCAACCUACCAUCUUUGGUUCAAGGUAAGGCAACCCAAGUCCCAGCUGACAUUGUGCGAUUGCAAAUGGGACUGGCUUGGAUGGGGCAGCAUGGGCCAGUUGGGCCAAAGGGCCUGUAUGUGCUGUAUGACUCUGAUUGCUUGCAGUGCUAGUUCCUAGGGGGCACUCCUGAUUGACUACACAGCUACCAAGCUUCAGCAGAAGUGCAGUCAUGGAAAGGCAACAUUUUCAUGGUCGAAUUGGGAAAUCAAGUGGAGCACAAAAACAUUCUGUUGUGGACCCACAGGAUCCUGGUGAAAGGCCUCUGACUAUCAUCUCCCAAUGCACUGGUU